CGGUUCUCUCGUAGGCCCUAAUGCCUGCCUAAGUUGUGCCGUGCUUGGGACGGGAGUUGAGCCGGUAACUGGUGUACGUUUGGUGCCGCGACGGAGAGAGUGCCUGGCGGGAAGCUUCUGCACGUGCGUGAUAGAGGGUCAGAUUGAGGCGGGACUCCCGGGCAGACGAGGAUGAGCGCUGGGAUCGCGGUGCUGGCACGAUAGUGGUCCCCCACACCCCCCAGGCCUGCCUCAGCCGCCGACAUGCUGAUAGAGAAUGUGGAGGCCUUCAAGACGUGGCUGGCCAAGUUACUGGAGCCAAUAUGUGAUGCCGACCCUUCAGCUUUAGCAAACUAUGUUAUUGCUUUGGUGCGAAAGGACAAAUCGGAGAAGGAAUUAAAGGCCAUAUGUGCUGACCAGCUGGAUGUUUUCCUGCAGAAAGAAACAAAUGACUUUGUGGAUAAACUAUUUGAAAGUUUGCACACAAAGAGCUAUCUCCCUCCGGAAGAAACUGUAAAAGAUGAAGAAAAGGUGGAGAUAGCUGAAAAGUGCCAUGUAUCCGUCUCUGGAACAGAGCAGCUUCAGGAGAGCUAUGACGAAGAGCGAGAAGUGAGGAGAAAGAAGCUCCCAAGUCCUCAGAGCAAUCGAUCGGCUUCUACUGAGAGAAGGCCUCUCAAUGAAAGCAAGGAGGAGCGGAUUGUCAGGACAAGAGAGAAAAAGAGAGAAGAUGGCAAAUGGAGGGACUAUGAGAGACAUAGAGACAAGUAUGACUGGAGAAGGGCAAGAAGUAAAAGUCCUCUCAAAAGCAGGUCUACAAAUCGGAGUAGGAGCCGCAGCAGAGGAAGGAGCAGGGACCAGGAGUCUACCAGGAAUAGAGAUCACCGGGAGAGGUCGAAGUUUGAGUCUGAAAGAAGCAAUCUGGAGUCCACCUACGCUCCAGCUUCACAGCCUGCAAGCAUCUCCAACGAGCCGCAGUAUUCCUCUGGUGGGCAGGCUAUACCCAGCACUGUGACUGUCAUCGCACCUGCUCACCACCCCGAGAGCACAACAGAGAUCUGGUCUAAUUACUAUAACAACCACAACCCUCCCAAUUCUUUUACUAGAAACCCACCCCCCAAACGACGCUGCAGAGAUUACGAUGAACGAGGAUAUUGUGUUCUUGGUGACCUUUGCCAAUUUGAUCAUGGAAAUGACCCUUUGAUAGUUGAUGAGGUCUCAUUGCCCAGCAUGAUUCCUUUCCCUCCUCCACCCGGACUUCCACCACCUGGUAUUCUCAUGCCUCCCAUGCCUACCCCAGCUCAUAAUAUGAGAAUGCCAGUUCCACGGCCGAUGACCCAGCCUCCUCCUGCUGUCCAUCCUGGUCCAAGACUUCCAUUAACGCAUUCAGGCUUUGUAAAUAACCGUGAACAGCCAGGAACAAGUACUGUGCCCAGUCUUGCGCCAGUAGGAGGAAGACUACCACCUCCAUUACCUCCUCAGAAUCUGCUCUACUCAGUUUCAGAACAUACGUAUGAGCCUGACGGGUACAAUCCUGAAGCACCUAGUCUUACAAACACUGGUAGAACUGGAUACCGGCAGUUUUUCACACGGGCGCCAACACAGAGGCCAAAUUUAAUUGGGCUGACAUCUUGUGACAUGGAUACUGCACCGAGAGCUGCUAAUAUUGUCAUACAAACGGAGCCACCAGCUUCUACGCCUGUAAAUAGUAACCUCAACAGAGUGGUGGUGGAGCCGGACAGGAAAAGAGCACUCGGUAAUACCAAUGAUGGGCCUUUUGCAAAGAAACCCUGGAUAGACAACAAGCAAGGAAACAACAACCAUAACAAACUUGGUUUUGGGAAGAAGAUACAGUACACGAAUACCAAACUUGAAGUCCGAAAAAUUCCUCAGGACCUUAAUAACAUUACCAAAUUGAAUGAGCACUUCAGCAAAUUUGGUACCAUAGUGAAUAUUCAGGUUGCUUUCCAAGGAGAUCCAGAAGGUGCUCUGAUCCAGUACUUGAAAAACGAAGAGGCCAGGCGAGCGAUUUCCAGCACAGAAGCAGUUUUAAACAACAGGUUUAUUCGAGUUCUGUGGCACAGGGAAAAUUUUGAGCAGCAGGGUUCUCAGCAGCUUCAACAGCAUUUGACGCCCCACCAUUUAACGCAUACUAUACCAACCACCCAGUCAUCCGUUCCGGCUGCUGGGCAGGCGCAUCUGCAGAAGGCCAAACCUCUUAACCAGGGUUCCUACGUUCUUAAUAAUAAACUACCUGCAAAACAUCGGCUUGGAGCAGUCGCCAGUCAGCCUGACUCAACAUUUGGAACUCCUAACCAGAACAACUCGGGAGAGGAACCUGGGACUCUCCCACCUGUCUCCAAAAUGGUUUACAGCUCUGCCGGCUCAAAGGUAGCAAAUAAGAACCCCACAGGAUCCAAACCUGUGGAUGUGCAGGAAGCUCUGAAGAAGAAGCAGGAGGCCUUAAAGCUCCAACAAGACAUGAGGAAAAAGAAACAAGAAAUGUUAGAAAAGCAAAUUGAAUAUCAGAAGAUGUUGAUAUCAAAGCUUGAAAAAAACAAAAGCAUGAAAGCAGAAGAAAGGACAGAGAUUAUGAAAACUCUGAAAGAACUUGAUGAGAAAAUUUCUCAGGUCAAAGAUGAGUUGAAGACAUUAGCUACUCCAUCUAAAGUCAAGUCUAAAAUUGAGGCCCAGAAGGAGCUUUUGGACGCAGAGAUGGAUUUCCACAAACGACUUUCCUCAGGAGAAGAUACAACAGAAUUGAGGAAAAAGCUCAAUCAGUUACAAGUUGAGGCUGCUCGAUUAGGUAUCUUGCCUGCAGGACGGGGGAAGACUAUACCUGUGCAGAGCAGGGGCAGAGGACGUGGACGUGGCGGAAGAGGGAGGGGCUCCCUUAGUCACAUGGUUGUGGAUCAUCGCCCCAAAACAAUAUCUAUUGCAGGCUUUUAUGAGAAAGAAAAAGAAGAGUUGUUGCAACACUUUGCUAAAUUUGGUGACAUUGAUGACUUGAAGGAAGAAGAGUUUCCACCAACGGUCAUUUUAACUUUCAAAACAAGGCAAGAGGCUGAAAAUGCUGCUAACCAAGGUUCAAAAUUUAAGGGUCGAAAGCUUCCAGUAUGCUGGCACAAACCGAAGACGCCUUCCAUGUCCACAGAGGUUGAGGAGGAAGAGCCUAAGGAAGAGGAAGUAGAGACUUCAGAUACAUUACUACAUGAAGAUGAUGAUGAGGAUGAAGAUGAAGAUGAGUCUCGUUCCUGGAGAAGAUGAAAGCACCAAUAAUAAAAAAGAAAAAUGUACAUAAAAUUUAAUUUUUUUUAAGACGUGUGUACUGACAUUUUUACUAUAGUGACAUGAGAAAGGAAGAAAGAAUGUGUUGAACCCAAAUGAGCCAAUUAUUUUCUCCUUUUCAUAGGAAGUAAAUACAUUGAUUGUGUAAAUCAUCCAAUUGAAUGCUUUUCUAUGAAAGCCAAAGGCUAGAGACUGUUUGUGUUUUUGUUGUUUUGUAUUUUAUUUUAAUAUACAUGGUCCUACAUGGAGAGUAGAGUGAGAAAUAUUUUUGGAAGUCUUUAUAGUUUUAUUUUUUAAAUUGCUAAAGGUCUACCUACUUUGAGCAGAUUCUCAGUAACCUAAGUAUUUAUGCCAUGCAUCCCCUAAAGUGCAAUCUUUCUUUCAACUAUAGUCUGCAAAUUAAAAUUUUGGUGAUGUGCAAAAAUGACCUGGUUAACAUUCAGUAAUACCCUUUUAUAAUAUUCAACCGCAUCAUUGCCACCACUUGCACCUAAGACUUUGGAGUGAAAACCAAUAACCUGACAACUUCUGCCAGACUUGGCUUUCUGCAAUACUUUGAGCUAGAGUUGUUGGAUUUGCUACCUGUGAGAGGAUAGAAAGCCUUUUUGGAUCGGAGUGUAUUACUCUAGUCCAAAAAAAAAUUUACUACAUUUUUUGGGUACGUAUCUGCCAAAGGAUAAUUUUUUCCAUAAUUGAGAGUAAAUAAGUGAAGCAGAUAGUUCUUUUAAUAUGAGUGCUAUGGCAAAGCAUUUACUAUUUAAUACAGAUCUUUAUCAUCUAGGAAACCUGAACCAGCUUGUCAGGCAUCUCAUAGGAAGCAAGUAUGAUCUAGACCAGGUCCAGUUGUAUACAAUAUGCGACCACCUGACAAAUGGUGUUUACUCGAUAGGCAGCACACAGGGAUGAGCAUUCAUACAUAUUUCCAAUAAUUGCCCUAAUCCUCAGACUGUGUUUAAGGGCCUUAAGUGUCUUUUUAAUGAUGAAAGAUUGGCCUUUUGCAUGGUUUUUGGGUGGUUUAUACCUUGUACUUGAAAAUGCUUUGACUGUCACCAUUUUAAGGGAGCUAAGGUCGAGGUAUAAACUUGAAGGCUGGUGUGAUAUUUUUGAAAAUACAACAAAUAUUAGAUUGCACACCACUUUUACAGCCCAUGACAAAGUGAUAAGCGGCACAGAGGCUGAGCCUGUGUGACUGAUUCCUCUACUCUGAUAGACCCACCAUGGCAAAAAUUAGCAGAGGAAAACAUUGCAAAUUCUCCCUUCACUUCUAGAAUGUAUUUAUCAGGAGAUGGAAAGAGCAUAUAAAGUAACCAAUUCACUUAGGGGAUCUCUAGAAAUGUAGCCAGGUCCAAUCCAAGUCAUGUGCCUAGUGCUCUUAUAGUACAAGUUGGUAAAUCAAAGCUGUGAUAUGAUUGGCUGCUUUUUUCUCUUUUUUUUUUUUUUUUUUUUUUUUGUUUCUACUACAUUUCAUGUGUUAAAAAACCUAUUGCUUUUAGGAAGCUUGUUUUUUUUUUUGUUUUUUUUUAAACCACGGUCACUGCCAGGCCCUCAAUGGCAAUGCCGAGAUCUUUAUAUAUGACACAGGGCAAAGGAAUGGGACAAGAGAUUUAUAUAUUAUGUACAGAUCUUUUCUUAAGAUGUAUAAUUUUGUACAGAACUUUCUUCUUUCUGUGUACGAAGAUAGAGUUGAAUAGAUGCCCUAAAAGUUUUAUUUUUCUACCAGCAAUAGGGAGAGUGAAGACCAACCAAAUAAUUGACUGAAAGCAGCAAGUUCUACUGUGUCCACAGCUGCAUCAACCUGUGACAUAUUAUCCUAUAGUUUUCACUUAAGUGUACACUUUUACAGCUUUCUUCCUGUUUAGUGGUCAUGUUUGGAAGAUUAUACUGUAAACUAGGGUAAACCAACUCAUUGUAUGGUUUUUCAGGAUAAUGUGUUGCUAAACUGUGGCAUGUUUGAGGAGUUAACAUAAGGACCCAUGUCAAGUCCUCAACCCUCUUAGAUGGAGCUUUAUUGAAAUGUCUUACUGUCAUUUAUUCUACAUUUCUUUAAAGAUUAGUUGCCU